UGAUGGACAGUCUCUGGACUAAACGCAAACAUAUUGCAAUAGAAUACUUUUGCUACAAGAUAAGAAACAUCAAUGAGUAAUUAACACUGGUACCUUCACGUAAUACCCUGAAAUGUUCUUAGUUAUCCUUACAACCACUACAGAGUGAAAGAGUGGGAGAGGCGUCAUCACAGGCGCAGACAAGAAUGCUUUGGGAAGACACACGGAUAACAUGCAGACCUGCCCCAGCAUGUCUCGGCGGAACAGGAAUGGCCGGGGAUGGCGCUUCGUCUGGAGUGGCAUUCAACGCGAUGCCAACGCUCGGACUCUCACGCUGGCCUCCGAAACUGAAGACUGGGGGUAUGAGCGCUUACAGUCCAGUGACUCGGAUUCGGAGCAGGAGUUGCCUGCCCUCACACCUGCGGUCCCCAGCGCUGUCCCCGUCACGGGAGAGUCGUACUGCGGCUGCGACUCCCCGGCCGAGCCGGUCUACACCCCCCGGCUGAGGGGCUUCCACCGUGCCAAGGACUGCCACUGCGGGGAGGAGGACCAGGACUUUGACUGGGUGUGGGAUGAGGGCAGCAAGUCGACCGCCACCCGGCUGAGCUGUGACAACCGCAAAGCGAAUUUCCACACGGAGUACAGCUGCGGGACCGCCGCCAUCCGGGGCAGCAAGGAGCUGGCGGAGGGGCAGCACUUCUGGGAGAUCAAAAUGACAUCCCCGGUGUACGGCACAGACAUGAUGGUGGGAAUCGGAACCUCCGAUGUGAAUCUGGACAAGUUUCGCCACACAUUCUGCAGCCUUUUGGGGAAAGAUGAGGACAGCUGGGGCCUCUCGUACACAGGUUUACUGCAUCACAAAGGUGAUAAAAUCAACUUCUCGUCACGGUUUGGCCAGGGUUCCAUAAUUGGGGUUCAUCUUGAUACCUGGCACGGCACCCUGACCUUCUUCAAGAACCGAAAAUGUAUAGGUGUUGCUGCCACGAAGCUGCAGAACAAGAAGUUCUACCCCAUGGUGUGCUCCACCGCGGCCAAGAGCAGCAUGAAGGUGAUACGCUCCUGCUUCUCCCCCACCUCUCUGCAGUACCUGUGCUGUGCGCGGCUCCGACAGCUGCUCCCGGAGAGCGUGGACACCCUGAGCGUCCUACCCCUGCCCCCGGGGCUCAAGCACCUGCUGCAGAACAAGCUGGGCUGGGUGCUGAGCAUCAGCAGUGCAGACCGGCCCUCCACCUCCUCCUCCUCCUCUUCAGGCAGUGACUCUGAGGGCUGUGCUUCAGACCCCGAGGCCUGCCAGAGAAAGCGAUGCCGCUGGACAUGAGGACCAAGAGCCUGGCCCUGGGGAACCUGGUGCAGACUAAGCAGUCCUGUGAGGACUAACUUUGGCACUGGGGAACCUGGUGCAGACUAAGCAGUCCUGUGAGGACUAACUUUGGCCCUGGGGAACCUGGUGCAGACUAAGCAGUCCUGUGAGGACUAACUUUGGCACUGGGGAACCUGGUGCAGACUAAGCAGUCCUGUGAGGACUAACUUUGGCACUGGGGAACCUGGUACAGACUAAGCAGUCCUGUGAGGACUAACUUUGGCACUGGGGAACCUGGUGCAGACUAAGCAGUCCUGUGAGGACUAACUUUGGCACUGGGGAACCUGGUGCAGACUAAGCAGUCUUGUGAGGACUAACUUUGGCACUGGGGAACCUGGUGCAGACUAAGCAGUCCUGUGAGGACUAACUCUGAAACAGCCACGGACUGAACUGUGAAGAAGGAUCCCUAAUGAAAAUAACAACACUUUUAGAAAUCUUAACAUUUGGCCUUCAUUAGUGUUAUGUGUUGGCCCUAAACCUUUAAAAUGAAGCGAAUAAAAAAAAAUGUCCUAAAUCUUACCUUUUGAGCACUGCCAUUCACUAUAUAAGUAACAAAAUAGUCCCAUUAAUGUUCCACGCAGUGCCAUUCACUACAGAAGUCUCAAAUGUGUUGUUUUGAAAGAAACACAUGAUACAGCAAGCAUGUAUUUUCAUUUUAAAACAUCUGGGUCACCUCAGCAGUGUUUUUGGGGUCAGCAGGAAAGACAGCCCUGAAGGGGAGGGGACAGUUGCACUCUCCAGGAGACCAGGACAUUUCUAUCGGAAGCAUGGCUUUAACCGAGCGUAGUACCAGAUAGCAUGUUUUAAAAUGCAAAGUCCAGGUUUGCUAAAACGUAGGUUUCUGGCAAAACUACUCACUUGAGACUAUAUAUUGAAUGGCGUGGAACAUUUAUGGUUAUUUUGUUCUCUAUAAACACCAAUAAUUUAGUAGGGUUAGAAUAAUUCAUGUUUUAUCAUUUGUUUAGUCUUGAUUUAUUGUACAGAAAAAAUUGUAUUUCUGACAGUCAAAGCUAAAAAGGCUUUCCACUGUUAGCACGCCGGUAGACAAUUAAUUUGUCCAUAAAGAGAUGCGAUGGGUUUUUACAUGUAAAUAAAUUGUGCUGGACUCCACUCGCUUUUAUUGUGGGAGGUAAUGGGGGUGUGGCUGUAUCAAUUUUUGAAUAAAUGGAUAUUUGGCAUAUUUGAGUCACCAGCAGGGGUCCCUGUUAUAGGCACAGGUUCUGUAAAGUAGUCAGUCCUCACUGGAGAUUCCAGAGGAAGUGUCACAUUGGCUCUGGCUCUCCCACGUGUUAGGGAGGUAUAACCAGCAGGACCCUACUGGCCAGGCGCCUGGUGAGCGCAGGCGGACACCUGUAGAGCUGACCUUUAUCCUCUAGAGGCUGGUAGCUUGCGGACAUCUGCUCUUGAGUUCCUGGCUGUAAAAUAGGUUUUUGGACUGGCAUGGGAGGUUGCCCACUGACCACUGAUCAUCAGUUCCUGUUGUAGGGAAUUGCUGUGGUGAGGGAAGGUAAUAGGACAAAUUGGAGAGAAAAUAAUUGGCAUAUAUUUCCUGUGAAAACAGUCUCUAAGCAAGCCUGAGCAAGGUGCAGUUUCUGUAAUUAGGCCAAUAGUAAAUGACCAUUAAGGAUGUGCACAGGUAAUGUCUUCCACAAUGAAACAGUGAGUGUGAGAGGGAUUUCCAAUAGAAAAACUGACAAGAUCACCAAUUCAGGAGGGGGAAGAAAUUAGUAAUACACAGUCCCCUAGUUACAGAAAACUUGCUCCGUCUUGUUCAGAGAACGAUAAUUAAGAACACAAUCAUGGCAUAAUAAACAGAUAAAAAUAAUAAUAUUAUGCUAAUUCAGACAUCACAAUUCAUUCCAUUAAACACCAGAAACUCAACUCUGUUCUUGAAUAAGUCUUGCAAGGCUGCUGGUUGUUCAUCUAUAACACUAUACUAAAGAAACACAAUAAAUACUGUGGCAAACCUUUCAGCUACAAGUCUUCAUUGUUGUACACGAUUCUAGAUUUGGUUGGGUUGGUUGAUAUUGUCCCACGCAUGGGGACUUUGGUUCAUAAUAAUAUGUUCUCUACUUUAGACAAUUGCAAGAUGUUUUAGUUAGGUCAAUUUGAGACUAAUUUGAUUUAUUAGUCUUCUCCACCUGUGCGUGCAUCCCUACUUGCAAUUGCUUUGUAAUGGGCUAGUUGAGUUAAUUGCCUCUGCUAACAAGAUGCAAUGAGUCUGAUGGAAGCUCGCGCAAGGAUUCAAGGAUGAAUUGAAAAACAGAAACAUGAGAAUUAAAUGUUGUACAGCCUUUUUAGUAAACCUUUAGAUAGCCACAGCUGUACUUCACAAAUAAUUAAGCUGUGCUGGCUGUUCUUUUUUUUUUUUUUUUACUUAAUGAAGUGCUUUUAAUCUCAUAAUCAGUGCUAUCUUAUUUUUCCUUGAGCUUGGGGAGAAGGGAUGUCUUCAUAAAACUGUUCAAACUUGUCUUUUGAAAGGUCAGUGGUAAGACUCCCCCCCCCAUGCACCAUGUAUCAUUUCUAUCCCUGCUUUUGUUACUUGUAUCUGCAGCAUGAUUGUAUUCUUGGUAAAGUAAAAUAUAUACAAAGUUACAGUAGCUUCUGUUAUUUUAAAAAAUAAAUUGUCUUAAGAG